GAAGUUGAAGAAGAAGAAGAAGAGGUUGUCCAUCACAAAUUGUUUUGUUGUUUAUGUUUGUGGUUACAGUUGUGAAGACUUUAUAACAUGUUUAAGAUGACUUUUUAUUCCAUUCGCCGCCAGAUCUUCCGUUUUCGAGGUGUCAUGAGAGUUUCUACGUGGAAGUAGGCUUGGCUUGAGCUGGUAGGCCUAGGCUAAACCGCCAAGAAAAGAAUGAAGAAACUUAAGCGAGUUUUUGGAUCUGUUGCAAAUUUGAAUAGUGGCCGAGAUGACCAGCCCCCCACAGACCUUCCAGUACCAUUGAGCACCUCACGUAAAAGUAUAUCAGGAUCUGCCCAUGGCCUUGGUGAACACCGGGGCUCUUAUGUCAGCUAUGAAUCUCAGUCACUGGACUCGUUCAACAGCACAGUCUCUGCAGAGAUUGACCCAUACAGUAAACAAGAUAAAAGUUUUACAAAACUUCACAAAUGGGCCUUCAUUGGCGAUGUCACCAAGCUGAAGAAGUUCAUCAGAAAGAUUCCUGUUGAUUCACAAGAUGGAGAAGGAAAGACAGCACUGCACCAUGCGGCAGCCCAGGGUCGAGGGGAUGCCCUCCUGUUCUUGUUGGGUAGCAAGGGGAAUGUUGAAAUGAAGGACAACAACGGUAUGACUCCAUUUCUUCGUGCAGUUGAAAGAUCUCAGUUGCCCAUAGUUCAAAUGCUUGUACAGCGAAGGGUUGAUGUGCAGGUUACUGAUAAUCAGGGAAACAGUAGUUGUCACUUAGCUGCAAAAACAGGCGCAGUUGAUCUCCUGACACUUUUACUAGAUUGUGGAGGUGACUGCGAUGCUGUAAAUUCGCUAGGGCGAACCCCCCUCCAUCUAGCAUGCUCUGAGAAUCAGCAGGAGAUAGUGGAAACUCUUCUCAGACAUGGUUCAAGUGUUAAUGUCGUAGAUAAAGAAGGUGUCACCCCUCUUAUGAUGGCUGCCAAAGUGGGUAGUGCUCCCCUAGUAGAAACACUUUUAGAACAUGAAGCAGAUGUAUCCCGCUUUGAUGCAAGCAAAUGGUCAGCUGCUGAUUAUGCUCGGUUCACUAAUCACAAUCAAUUGCACCAUCGAUUAUCUAGCCUUAUGAAGAAAGGGGAAAGUUCAGGAUUAUUUUCAAAUGAUUUAUUGAAUGUGAGUGAUGAAGGUAAUAGUCAGGAGGAAGAAAGUACUCCCGCACCAAAUAAAAAGGCAAGAGCAAGUGAUGAUGAUGGAGCUGCCGAUUCUUGGAGUGAUACGAGUGAAGUGAAUUCUAUAAAGGAAAAGCCUAAGAUCAACUUGGCAAAGUUCCUCCCUUCAUCGGAUGACUCCGCUGAUAAUGCUGUUGCCAAUAUCUCUGACUCAGCUGUAGGCACAGUCGGACCACCUAAGCCUCCAAGGUUGUAUGCUAGUUCAUCAAGUUUGGCUUCCGCUUGCAUGGAUGAAAGAGAUGAUGGGGACAAAGAUAACGAUGACCCUGGAGGCGUAGAUGACGAACCAAAAACAGACGACUCGUGGAAGUCAUCAUCAGAUGAAGAGCCUCAGUUAAAGCCAUUGCCUUUGUUCCCUAAAGAUACUUCUGCUACUACACAAUUGAAGGAAGGAGAGAGACCUACUGAUUCGAUUGCAAGAGCUGCCCCUUCAUCUCGGAUUGAAAAGGUAGACCUUGUGGCUGAGUUAGGUUUAGAUGACAUGGAUUUUCAUUCGUCUGAAGAGGUAUCUUUUGAUGAUGAUUAUGCAGUACUUCCUAUUGGAGAUUCUGCAAAACCAGAAAAGGAAAGUCGAAGAAGUUCCUCAGCUUUUGUUGGUGCCACUUGUGAUGAAAGUGCCUUACCUGUUGGAUCAAAUGAUCAAGACAGUUCACACGUUAUUACUCCGCUACAAUCAUCGAGAUCAUCAGCACGAAGUAAUGCAGGUAGGAAAGCCAUUGGCACUCAUGAGGAUCCUUUAUUAUCCUCUGAUGAGGAUAUAAAGAGGAAACCUUAUUCUCACAGAAAAUCCUCACCAAGAAAAUCUCCAAAGAAAUUAAAGUCUGCAGGGUUGAAAUCUAGUAUUGAUGAUAGUGAUACAGAGGAGGAAGUAUCUUUUCGUGGUAGGAAAACUUCAACACCAAAUAGGAAAAAUACUGAAAGUCAUGUUUUGACAACUGGAGAUAUUAGCAGCAAAGAGGAUGAAGAUGAAGCUGAUGCUGUGAAAUCUGCAGCUCCUCAAGACUUGUCUUUGAAAUCUCCCAGUAAAGACAACAUAUUUUCUCCAAACAAGAAGGAAGGGAAUGGAAAGACCAAGUUGAAAGCAGACAACACAGUGAGCAAUGCAACAGAAGUUAGUGGGAGUAAAUUGUGUGUAUUUCCAGAUGGUCAAGUGAGGUCUGGGACAAGCACUUUGUCAACUGUUGUUGGAACACUGGGAAGGGAAGGCACUAUGCAAGAGGUGGAGGAGUUGUGGGAGGCUAAUCCGAGUAUAAGCCCCAAACAUUCUAGUUCAGAGAGUAGUGUAGAGAACUCUGAAGAGCAUUCUAAAUCUGUAGGAAAAGAAUCACUUCCUUUGUCUGGUGAUUUGGUAAGGAAGGAACAAAUUUCUGAAGAAAAAAUUUUAGAUACUGCCGUUGAACAGGAUCAAGAGAAAAUAGCAGGAAAUAAAAAUCUUAUAGAUAGCAGUAAUAGUUUAGGACAAGAUGUCAAUGAUGCUGCUAUUGAAGAGGCAGACUCUAUAAAUGCUGUAGGUUCAAAUUUAAGCAGAGCGUCGACAUCACCAGUAUCACAGAAAUCUCCAAUAAAUGGUAGUAACAAAGUCAGUAGAAAGUCAUCUUUUCCAAGGGAGGAACUUUUAGUAGAUGAAGUUAAACAGCAGAUUGUUUCAAAAGAAAAAGUGGGAAGUAGAAAGGAGAAGGAAGAAUACAAGGGUUCAAGUGGGAAAAGUAAUUCUGAUAAGAUAAAGAAUCACUCUGCAACAAGCACAUCUCCAAGCAGAAGAGGGUCCAGAUCUGGUACGGGCCGCACCAGUGGCUUUGGCAGCAUUGUUUUCAGCGAUGAAGAUUCCAUGUCUCAAGACCUGCUCACAACACCACGUUUUAUGGAGGAAACUGAUGAUGUCAUUUCAGCAGCUUCCACAGAGACUGAAGAGAGUACACAUAUCAACUCUGGUUUAAAGGAUUCCCUGUUGACUCCAUUAUCGUCACUGCCUGAUGCAGCCGAUGUCAGCCAGCUUCAGGAUUUGGUUCGAGAGUUACGGCUGAAGCUAGAAAAGGAGUUUGGUCGGAGGACUGCCAUGGAAACCAGAUAUUCUCAGUUGCAGAAACAGGAAAAACAAACACAUUUGCAGAAUGAUCAGUUAGAGCAGGAUGUACAACGUAUGGAGCAAGAAGUUUCCAGUUUGACUGCCCGCAUCAAGCAGCUGGAAUACUUAGGUCAGCAUGAGCAAGAUUCAUCGCGCCUUAAAGAUCAGAGCCUUGAGGAAUUGCAGUUGCGUUGUGAGGAGCUCGAGGAACAGUGUGGCACUUUGUGUACAAAUGCACUCCGGCAAGAGCAGCUAGUAGAAUCUUUAAUGGUCCAACUGCAGACUAAAGAACGCGUCAACCAAAGUUUGCAGAGUAGAUUGGAAGAUGUCUCUUCACAGACUAAGUAUGUGUCAAUGAAGAGUUGCCAGACUGAGGAUGUUUAUGUAAAUACCCAAGAUAGCAACAAACUUUUAAGCAGUGUUGAAGUUUCUGUUCAAACAAUGGAUGAUGAUUCAGGGAAGGUUGCUGCUAAUCACAUGACAUGUAAUGAAAGGGGUAAUGAUUCAGAAGUUGUUAAAGGAAUGCUAUGUUCAGAGUGUCUCAGGCUAAGAGAUCCCAUUACUUUUGAAACUGCUGAUAUUUCUUUGCAGACGGAAGCAGAAGUUGAGAGUACUGUGGCUAAUCAGUCCACCUUUGUUUGUAUGGAAACACAAACACUUCAGUCUUCUCAUGAUAUUUCUAGUACUGGAGUGCAAUGUGUGCCAGAGAGAGAAAUGAAAACUUGCCAAACCGACAACAAUGCACACUCUCAUCAUUCACAAACGGAAAUGACAAACGAUAAUUGUGAAGUUACUCUUAAAAAAUCUUUUAGUGAAUCAACCAGUCAGACUUCUUAUUCAGGAAAGGUUGCUUUGGUUCAAACAGAGAUUAUGGAUUUUCCUACUAAUGUGCCACUGGCAAAUGGUACGGAAUGUCAAAAUAUAAAUGCCACUGAAGUGGUAUCAACUCUUGAACCUGUUUUGCAAAAUUUCUUUCAGGAUUUCAAAUCACUUAUUUUUGAAGCAAUGGAGGGUAAUCAGAAUUUGUUGCAAGAGAAAAUGGAUAAAUCAGUUGCCAAUCAGAUUAAUGAUUUGAAAAGUAAUAUGGAAAAAUUGUUGCAGCAACAGUCUGUAGAGCAAACACAAGACACUGAACUGAAAUUGAAGGAAUUAUCACAUGAUGUGAGUGAAAUUCUCCAAAGGCAGGUUGAGACUGUGACAGAAUUUUGUAACAAGACUGCAUUUAACGAUAAUAGCAAUAUUCAGGAAGUUGUGAUGCAAGCAAAUAAUGGGCUUGAUUCGAAAUUUCAAGAUCUGAAGCAAGCAGUGGGAGAAAUGAAGCAGAGCCAGGAUAGCAGCGAAGGAAAUGUUGCAUUUCAGUUGGAAAAUAUUUUGAAAGAUGCCGGGAAAUCUAAUGAAAAAAUUAUGAAGACACUUGAAGAUUUUCAGAGAGAAAAUUUGAAUGCCACUAGUGAAGUAUGCGAUAAGUUUAAUAAGUUGAGGUCCGAUUUAGCCAACAUUCAAAAAUCCAUCCAGAAUUUAAUUCAUUCUGAAGAUAGGAGUUUAACAGAAGAUAAUAUGAAAGAUAUUAUCAGUAGGCUUAACUUAGUUGAAAAGUCGUUAAUGGUGUCGAUUGAGAAGAGCCAUGCCUCCCAAGAUGUGUCUUCUCUUGAAAGUGAGCUUUGCAAAAUUAAUGAUGGCCUUCAUAAAAAGUUAUCGGCACUUCAGCUGAGUGUACAAGCAGUUGCGUCAGCUGGUAGAGUGGAUGAAGAUGCUCUGGACUUGUGCCUUGAAAAAUUAAGGGACAACAAUAAGCAGCUUUUAAAUGUUUUCAGAGCAAAAGCUUCAGAGUCCACAACAAACAUCAGUGAAGUUAUCGAGGAAAAUUUCCACAUAAUUCAAGACCAUCUACGUAAAGUUCAGCAGUCUCUAGCACAGAGGCUUAAUGAGCUCUCCCAGGAUUUUAGUCACACAGAAGAUAAGAUGUCUUGUACCAGCAAACAAAUUAAUGAAAUGGCAAGUCAGGUGGCUGGAAUUCAAAACAAUCUCUUGCACAUACAGUCAUCUCUGGAAGCUUUGCAGAGCCUCCCAUCUGCUGGUGGUGUUUUAGAUGAGGCAUUAGUUACAUCUUUGAGAGCAGGCAGUGAACAAGUGGCAUCCUCAUUAACAUUCCAAUACCAGAGUAUAAUUCGACUUUUGGAAUCACUGCAAAGGGAAGUACAUAACACUGCUAUGAAAACGCAUGGGUCCGAGGACAAAACGGAAAUUCGUCAUCUAAAGGAAAAACUGUGUGAAAAAGAAGAGGAAAUCUCAGGUCUUUGCAAUUCACAAGAGUCAUUGCAGAAAAAAUUAAGGGACCAGGUAUCAAACUUUGAACACUCACAAAGGAAAGAAGAAGAAUUGCAGUUAAAGUCUGAGAGUCUUGUGAAGAAAUUGCACCAGUUGGAGCAGAACCUAAGAGAGGUGGAAGAAGAACUCAAGAGGGAAAAAUUGAAAACUGCUUCAUAUAACGAAGACUUGAUGAAAUUACAACAGGAAAACUUUCAGUUGUCCACGGAAAGCAACAAACUCGCCUCACGGUUGAAUUCCCAACAGCACCAGAAGCAUUUGUACGAGAAUGAACUGCAGAGUCUUCGAGAUGCUAGAGAAGCAGCGGAGACUAGAGUUCAGGAUUUGAUGAUACAGCUGAAUCACGAACGACUGCAAGUGCAACGCACCCCACCAUCGGGGAGGGAUAAGGAUGAAGAAAUUAUAUUGGCCAAGCAGAAAGAAAUACAAGAACUUGAAGUAGCAAAGAAGAAAAUGGAAAGUCUCUAUAAUGAGAAAUGUGCCAAAUUGCAACACAUUGAAUUGCAGUUGAAGGAAACUGAGGCUCGGCUAUCUUUGGAGGAAGGUAAUAGAGACGACUUGGAAAAACAGCUGAAGAGGACCAAGACAACCGUAGAAAGAUUACAGAAGGCACUCUCAGAAGCUACUGUAGAGCAGACAGCUUUGCAGGAUUUAGAAGACAACAAUAAGGAACUGGAGGAAACAUUAAAUUCGAAUGAAAUGGCAAUGGAUACUUUGAGAAAGAAAGUAGAAUCUAUUAACAGAGAAAAAUUACAGUUAAAACAAGAAAUAAUGCUUUUGAAGGAAGAAAAGCUGUCCUUUGAAAUGAUUAAGCAGGAAAAAGUUAUAGCAGAAGAAAUGCAAAGGAAAAUGGAAAUCCAAUUGCAGGUUUUGCAACAAAGGAUUUUGGAUGAUUACAUUCCCAAGACCAGAUUAGAUCACUUGAAAAGGGAAUUGGAACAAAAGUACCAGCUGGAAUUGAGUACAAAAAUAUCAGAACUGAAUCACCUCCUGAAGGAGCAAAGUCAUCUGCAGGAAUCUCAGGCAAAGGCUAAAGUAUCUCAAGAACAAGGCUUCAAAGGUGAAAUCAGUAGAUUAUCUGAAGAAGUGCUCAGACUUAAGGCUUUGUUAAGCAUCCAUGAAGAGGAGAAGACCUCGUGGAAAGUUCGACAUGAUCGACUCAUGAAUCUUUACCAGCAGCAAGCUAUACCUCAGAAGUCAUCGUACACAAAAAAGCGUGAAGAUUCGUUAUCAAUAAAUCUGAGGGAAAUAAAUGCUCAUCUUCAGUCACCAUUAGCCUCCUCAACACUUCUGGGAAGACUGACGCCACCAACGUCAUUGAAUCCUUCAAAGGCUCCGUGUAAUAUUGACAGUUAUCAUUACACUCACUCUGAUAGUAUGGACCGUAUGCUUCAGAAGUGUCUCAAGGUCGCCGAGACUGACCAUUCAAGGUAUUUAUCAACUUCUGACGAUAAACCUCAUGCUAGGAUAUCUCCAAUGCAAUCGUCCCAGUCCCUGCAAGGUGCAUUACCAAACCUUGAUAAAUCUUGUGAAGCGUAUGUUGAUUUACUGAACAAAAAAUAUUGUCUGUGAUAAACAUUUGCCUUUCGGCAUUUGUGCCAUUUUUCGUGUCUUGAUCAGUGGUUGUACUAUAUCCACCUGCAUUGUUUAGUAGAAGUAUGGUGCGUAUGUAUUUUCUUUGUAAGAAGUUGCCAUUUUUAUUCUUAUAUAAGUGUGGCUUUUCUCCUUUUUUUUUCUUUAACAGUUUUUGUGUAAAUUACAUAACUUUUAGAUGGAGCAGCUAGUAUUUUAAAGAUUUUGAACAUGUUUACUAAAAUAUUUGUAGUAUUCUUGAAGGAGUUAGUUUAUAUUUUUGCAAGAUGUGUGGUACAUAUUUAGAUUGAAUGAAUCAGAUUAAGUUAAGUUCUUGUUUUUAAAAGAACAUUAAUUUGUCAUGGCCAUACUCCAUAUACGUAUUCAUAGUUCAUUUCACUGCUGGUUUGUCAACCUGAAUAUUUUAUGCGGGUGGUUUGUCUGUGGCCUUAGGUAAAUAUAUAUAGGAAAAACAGUAUUAUAACUACCUAUUCUUCAGUAAGUAGUGUGUGUGUUUGGACAAGUAGACUGAAAUUUUACCAUGAGUAGUGUUGAUGCCAAAGUUAACGAAUCAGUAAUGAAAAAAUAAAGUUUGGACAAGUAAAGAAGGAAAUUGGAAAUAUAGUAUUAAAGUGAUUUUGUCACAAAAGCUAUCAUUCCUAGAUCAUGACUUUUUAUUGUUUCAGAAAGCCAUGUUACUAUUGAGCUGGCUAGGAUUUAUGAAAGGUCUUCAAAUAAUUAUAGAUGUGUGAGAUUUUUUGUAUACUAUUAAGAUUACUGAAGUAAACACUGUGGCCAAGUUAAAUCUUUAAAGAAAGGUGUAAUUUAUAUGUAAUGUAUAGAAACUUGUGUGGGAAACGUUGAUUUGAAAAUUGUGGUGCUUAUGAGUAGCUGUGCUUUGUGGUUGCAAGUGUUCAUUCCUGGUUGUUGCAAGAUGGUGUGCAUGCUAAACAGUGUAUUGUAGUUUUACAAGAAGAAUCUUUAAAUAGCUCAUUUAAACUAUUUGUUCACUUGUCUUUGUAGACCUGAUUGUGACCCAUUGCUGCUCUCACUUAAUUCAUAGUCUGUUGCUAUUUGUUAAUGCUUAGUUCUUUUUUUGCUGAGCAGGGAAGUUUUCCCUGCACUCAAUCUCCCAUUUCUGUCCGGUGUUACAUAACGAGAGGUGCUUUUUUUCCUUUGGCUGCGAGUGACCAAAUUUAAGGUCGUGUUUAAAUGAAACACAAGUCUCCCAGCACCUACAGGUUAGCCAUUUAUCUCAAGUUUUGUAGUGCCUUGCAAUAUUUUAUUUAUAGAAAUCUGUGAUGUAUUGAUAAGAAAAUAUAGUUUAUUAAUAUUUU